CUCGAUUAUAAUAUUCCGGCUGAAAGAGGGCCACGACUUCUCUGCCUAUUUAGAAAGUCAACACAAUUCGCAUAUAAGAAAAAAUAGUGACAUAUAUUCCGUGUCCAAGACAGUGGACAGUCAGCAGUCGAUCAACGACUUCACCGAUUUGGCUAACUUUGAGCCCAAAAUGGAUGAGUUGGCCAAUCGGUUCAAGACGAAGCAAACGAAGGGCACGAUCGACGUGUGGUGGAUAUACGACGAUGGCGGGCUCACCCUGCUCAUACCAUUCAUACUGAGAAACAGCCCAUUGUGGGCCGGAUCUAAGCUCCGGGUUUUUUCCGUCACGAAAAACAAGCUGGAAAUCAGUACCGAACAGGAC